AUGGGGCUGUAUUGUGGAGGAGCAGGUGGCUUCAGCAGCAAGAGCAUUGGCUCCAGUGGACCCCGGCUUGUCACCAGCACCAGCCUCCCCAGAAAGGGGCGCCCUGCUGGUGUUGGUGCCACUGCAUACAGCCAUCAUAGUGCCGGAUUCAGCCACAGCUUCAUGAACGCCGGCGGAGUUGUUCCCGGGGCAGCGCACAUCACGCCUGUCACUUGCAACGAAUCCCUUCUGCAGCCUCUGGACUUGGAGAUUGACACCACCGCCCAAGCAGUGAAGUGUCAAGCCAAGAACGAGCUCCAGAGCCUCAACAGCAAAUUGGCCACUUUCAUCGACAACGUCCAACUGCUGGAGCAGCACAAUCUGAUGCUCAAGACGAAAUGGGAUUUUGUGCAAGAAAGGAAACGUCACAAAAGCGACAUGGAACCGCUCUUCAAUGAGCAGGUCAGUGUCCUCAAGAAGGAGCUGGAGUGCAUUGAGCGAGAGAGAGCUGAGCUGCAGGCUGAGCAUAAGGCCUCGGAGCAAAUUUUGGAGGGCCAUAAGAGGAGGUACGAAGAGGAAUGCAAUAAGCAAACAUCUACAGAGAAUGAAUUUGUAUUACUUAAAAAGGAUUUGGACUGUGCCUUUUCACACAAGGCAGAACUGGAAGCCAAGGUGGAAAAUCAUAUGAAACACAUCAGCUUCUUGAGACGUAUAUAUGAGCAGGAAAUCUCUGAGCUCCAGAACUGCAUUUCUAACACGUGCGUCAUGGUGCACAUGAACAACCGUCGAGAGCUAGACAUGGGCCGUACCGUUGAGCAGUUCCGGCGUCAGUAUGAGCGCAUUGCUUCCAGGAGCCGAGCUGAGGCUGAAGCUUGGUUCCAAUGCCAAUAUCAAGAGCUCAGGACCACAGCAGCGAAACACUGCGACGAUCUGCAUUCUGCCAAGGAAGAACUUCAGGCUCUGACCCGUGUGGCUCACAGGCUGGAGUCAGAAGUUGCCAAUGUCAAAGCUCAGCGUUCCAAACUAGAAGAAGAGGUGGCCGGAGCUGAAGAACGUGGACAUGGAGCCACGAAGGAUGCCAAAGGCAAACUGGCUGAUCUGGAGGAAGCCCUGCGCAAGGCCAAGACGGACAUGGCCUGCCAGCUACGGGAAUAUCACGAACUGAUGAACAUCAAACUGGCUCUGGAUAUCGAAAUCGCUACUUACAGGAAGCUUCUGGAAGGAGAGGAAUGCUGGCUGAAUGAAGGGGAGCGUGCUGUAAACAUCUCUGUCCAGAGAAGUGAAGGGGCAUUAGUUCAUGAUAGCGGCCCACACCAUGGGCCGGGAUUCACCUCUCCAUGUGGAACCCCCCACAGAACUCAAUUAACUAGAGACAAAAUUCCCCCAACCCAGGGGGCCGGAGGAAAAAGGCUUCAUACGUACAACGAAGCACAGCAGAAUAACAGUUUUAAGCUUGACUUGAUGCGGCACGUGUGCGAUUAA